GGUGUGAGAGGAGAGGAGGGGAGGGUAUAGCUACCACUGGUUUUUGCAGAACGCUGCCCCGUCCCUCUGUGGGAUGAUAGUAGAGCUGACGGCCGUUCGGCCCCACCGCUCGGUGCUAGCCCCCCCCCCCCCCCCGCAAUUUCGCUUGGCUUCAGCCACUUCAUUGUCAUGAAAUGCUAACUCUUGUUUCUCUCUUAGAUGCCGCCUGCAAGCUCUUUUCCUGGAUGCAGGCAUUUUUUUGUUUUUUAUUGUAGUUGGAAUUUUUCUUCGCUUUUCAACUUCAGUCCACUUUCUUUGAAACUUCUUUGCUCCAACGAGAACCGUCUCAGCUUCUCCUGUCACUCCAUACAGCUGAAAGCUCUCGCCUUUCGAAACGUCGCAGUAAAUCUUUUCGACAGCCUGCCUUGAAUCUUCACAUCUUUUUCAAAGUGUGUGACAAGAAUUGACUAUAAUUCUUCAGCUGUGGCCUUGCCCAUGCUUUGUACAGUGCAGAUUAUUGUAUCCAGAUAAUGGAUAUGAACAUUAACUUGGAUAAUGACCACCUGACUCAGUAUGCAAUCCAGCAGAGUUUAGAAGCUAGUGAUCAGUCAACUCGCUGUAAUGAAAGCAUCUUACCACUCAGCCAAGAAAACAGACAGAUCGUGAAAGCAAUCAGGCAAGGAGAAAUCUGCGAACUCCAGAAGUUGAUUAAACAUAAAUUUGCAUUGGAUGAAGCGGAUGAGAAGGGGUGGUUUCCACUGCAUGAAGCUGCAGCUCAACCCGUUCAACAAGUGCUUGAGAUUGUCCUAGAUUCUUCAUACAAAACAAUCUGGCAACAAAAGACUGAAGAUGGGGAAUCUCCGCUUACUCUGGCUGCUGGCGCCGGGAUAUUGGGAAAUGUGCAGGCUCUUUUGGAGAAGCGAAUUUGUCCCAAUCUCACUAACAACAAGGGAGAAACACCACUGCUGAUCGCUGUGAGGAAGAAUGCCUACGAGAUGGUAUCAGUGUUGCUCCAACAUGGAGCACUUAUUAACCGGCCCUGUGUGCGGCGAUGGACAGCAAUGCAUGAAGCUGCUAAGCAAGGACGUGACGAUAUGGUGGCAUUACUGCUUAGGAACAAUGGGGACAUCAAUCAGAAGGAUGGGUAUGGAGUAACGCCUGUGGCCACGGCAGCCGCGUUUGGUCACUGCAGUGUGCUGGAGUAUCUCAUUCACAAAGGCGGCAACAUUCACGCACAAGCAGACGAUGGUGCCUCGGUGCUCCUUGAAGCUGCCGAAGGUGGGAAUCCGGAUUGUAUAACGGUGCUGCUGGAAUAUGGAGCCAAACCCAAUGAACCGGACAAUGCAGGUCACCUUCCCAUUCACCGAGCAGCGCAAGAGGGACAUUACCUGGCCUUGAAGCUUCUUAUUCCAGUCACUCGUAAGUGUGCAAUUAAGAAAAGUGGGAUAAAUCCAAUCCAUUUGGCUGCUGAUAAUGGCAGUACGCAGUGCCUGGAAUUGCUGAUAGAAAGUGGAUUUGAUGUCAACGCAGUCAUGAACGAAGAGAUAGCCGCCACCUACGACGACAAGCGCAGAACCGCCCUGUAUAUUGCCGUGUCCAAUAACGAUGUUGCCUGCACUGAGCUCCUGCUGAGAGGAAGCGCACGGCAGAACCAAGAUCCACUGUCCUGCCUCCUCGUAGCGGUGAGGGCAGGGAAUCAUGAACUUGUGCGCUUGCUUCUACGCUAUGGUGCCAACGUUAACAGCUACUUCACGCUAAUCAAUGACACCCAGUUUCCCACUGCCAUCCAGUACGCAGUACACGACGAGAUGAUGCUGAGACUCCUGCUCAACAAUGGCUACGACGUACCAAUGUGCUUUGACUGCAUCCACACCGACAGCCUUGGAAGGUUUCAUCUCCAUCCUGUUAUUGAAUCAAAGUCCUACAUCACCUCAUUCUGCGAGUUCAUCACCGUGCAGUGGAUGAGUCACUCGGUCGGAAGGGUUGUGCGAGUGCUGAUAGACUACGUGGAUUACGUUUCCUUCUGUGUGAAAUUAAAGCCCGUGUUGGAGAAGCAAAGGGAAUGGCCUGAGAUUUGCCACAUCAUGGAAAACCCUCGACUUUUGAAGCAUUUGUGCCGACUGAAAAUACGGAAAAGUAUGGGACAAAGACAGCUGCAGGACCCAACGUGUUUGGCAUUGCUUCCGCUCCCUCCAGCGCUUGUGGAUUAUCUCUUGUAUAAGGAAUAUGACUUAUAUGGAAGAGGUCUUGAUCCACUGUGUUAGGAAUGUGAACUAUAAUCAUCACGUGCCAUAGUUGUAGUUGUGUCUCGGGUCAGGACUCAUCUUCAGACCGAAAUGUUGCCUGCCCAAUCCCUCCAUAGAUGUUGCCUGACUCGCUGAGUUCCUCCAGCAUUUCAUUUUUAGUUUAGUGAUACGGCACGGAAACAAGCCCUUCAGCCCACCGAGACUAUCAAUCGCCCAUUCACACUGCUUCCAUCUAAUUCAACUUUCUCAUCCACUCCCUGCACUCUAGGGGCAAUUACCCAGGGGCAUAUUAAUGUACAACCCGCACGUGUUAGGGGUGAGGGAGGAAACCAGAGCACCCGGAGGAAACCCACGUGGUCACAGGGAGAAUGUAGGCAAACUCCGUACAGACUGUACCCAAGGUCAGGAUCGGGUGCGGGUCUCUGGCACUGUGAGGCAGUAACUACCAGUUGCGUCGCUGCCCCGCCAGCUGUGGUGUUUCAUGUAAAUGUUAAAACUUCCCUGACAGCUGUAACUGAAUCUGGGUGGACAAUUUUAAGCAUGCAAGCAAGGGAGCCAGAUACUCAACCAGUGCAUGCAUUUGGAGUGCCAGACUGAAAGGAUAUAUUUUGGUGUAAUUAAUGUCUUCGUGCCACUGGUCCUGUAAUAGCAGGUCAGUCAUAGUCCACAGCAAAUUAAUCCUCACUUUGCUAUUGCAACGGAGUGCGAGACUAAUGGUUUCAGGGCUUGUUGGACACUUGUAUAUUCCAGACCUCCAUGUUGAUUUAGUUUAGUUUAGAGAUACAGCGUGGAAACAUGCCCUUUGGCCCACCGAGUCCACACCGACCAGCGAACCCCGCACACUAACUCCAGCCUACACACACACACCAGGGACAAUUUACACGUUUACCAGCCAAUUAACCUACAAAACUGUACGUCUUUGGAGUGUGGAAGGUAACCGAAGAUCUCGGAGUAAACCCAACCGAUCACGGGGAGAACGUACAAACUCCGUACAGACAGCACGGGUAGUCGGGAUUGAACCCGGGUCUCGGGUGCUACAAGCAUUUUAAGGCAGCAACGUUACUGCUGCACCACCUGAUGAAAUACUUAGUUGGAACCUAUUCAUUAAACCGGCGUGCAUGCUUCUAGAAUUGAGUAUUAUUUCUUUAAAAACACGACUUAAUUUUAUUCAUAGAACUAGCAUUUAAUAAAUUGGAAGCUUACUCUGAA